UCCCGCGGUCCUGGCUCCGUGGGUCCGCUCGGAUCGGGCCAAGGCGCUGGAGCUGCUGUGGCUCCCGCCGCGGCGGGUGCGAUGGAGGCCGUGCCGGAGCCCAGCACGCACGCCGGGGGAGGCCGACACAGCCGGCGGUGCUAGUAGAUGAGGUGGCGGCGGCGCGGCAGCACGGGCUCCCAUGAGCAGGCGGCGGCGGCGGCGGGUGCGGCGGCACCGGCGGUUUUCGGUCCCCGGGGAGGAUGAAGACACUGUUUGAAGAGAUCAAAGCAUCAAUUAAAAAUAACUAUAACCAAGAUCGCUCAUUUUGGAGGCCUGUUCUUCCUUGGGGAGGUGUUUUUACUAUCAAAGCUGGCCGCAAAGCAGUAUCCUGUACACCGCUGUAUGUUGAAAUAAGACUGAAAAAUACUUGCACCAUAGAUGGAUUCUUGAUGUUAUUAUAUGUCAUUCUUAAUGAAAAUGAAAAUUUCCCCAGGGAACUCUCUCUUCAUUUAGGUAGAGAGUUUGUAGACUGUUUUCUUUAUUUAAUGGACACCUACAGCUUUACAACUGUGAAGCUACUUUGGAUUUGGGACAAGAUGGAAAAACAGCAAUACAAAUCUGAAGUUCAUAAAGCUUCAUUAAUAAUUGAUUUGUUUGGGAAUGAGCAUGAUAAUUUUACUAAAAAUCUUGAAAAUCUCAUGUCUACCAUACAAGAGAGUUACUGUUCCAACUGGCGAUGCCCAAUUCGUGUGCAGGAAGAUCAGCAGCGCACAAUUAAUAUAAAUCCUCCCCAAGAAAUUCCACAUGGAAACUUGAUCCGACUGGCUGUGGAUGAGUUAUUCUGUUCCAAAAUUGAACUGUGUGAAGAGCGUGGGUGUGGUGGCUUAAGAGAAUUUUCACAGCGAAUUUUCUGCCAUGGUGCACCUCCUUUUGUUGUCUUAAAUAUGCAGCAUUGGAAGUCUGAAGAUCUGGCAUAUGUACCCUAUCAUUUGGAUUUAUCUGAUCAUAAGUAUUUGUUGGAAGGUGCCACAUUAUUUAACAAAGAAGAACAUCAUUACUCUGCAGCUUUCCAGAUUGAUGGACAUUGGAUGCACUAUGAUGGCCUCAGAAAUGUGAAUUUAAUUUUGUUAAAUAAACCCCCAGAGUUUCUCCUUUUGUCAUCAUUGGUUUAUAUUAGAGCUACAGAGAAAUAAAUAUAGAAUGAUGCUAAAUUAAAUUGUUUUCCCUCCUGCCCAUGCUCCCCCAGAUGAAGGGCUUUUAUUUUGUAUAAACUUGGUAUCCAAGGAAAUUGUUCAACUAUACUAGUUUCAGAGGUAUAUUUUCCAGUGUUUAUCCCCAGGUGUAAAAGUUUUAUACGGAGAAUCUAUGCAAAAAUGUUUGUAUUUCUUUUUUCUAUAUCCUGGGUUAUUUUUAUACAAGCAUAUUUUAUGUUGAAAUAAAAUAUAUCUUGU